CUCUAUUACGCUUUCGUUUUGUUACGAAAUAACAUAUUGUUUGGCAAAAUACCCGCGAGUUGUGACAAAUUCGUACAAUCUCGCCGAGAAAAUACACGAAUUCUAAACCACCCGCAGGUUAGAUGCGUGUGGUAUUGGAUCCUGCUGGCAUGGAAAUGGCAGAAGUAGUUGACACUGGAAAUGACCAAACCCUAGAUUGAGUUUCCACUUUCCAGUAGUGAUUCUGAGAAGAAAUCUCUUUUUUUUUUUUUUUUGCAAGUGCCGACAUGUAUUAGUUGCGUAGAUCUUGUUAGCCAGCCAGUCACAGGCUUCGAAUCCAAUUUGUGAGCAGGUGGGGAUCUCAUCGUGCAGGCGACACACGUGGCACUGUCUGAACUGAGCCAGACAAUGAAAAAAGCAAACAGAAGGCAAAAGAAGUGGGAGACGUGCUGAUGUGGCUUACCGCCCCCCACAACCAGAAACCCUAUCCAGCAGCAGCGCUGGCGGGAAAAAGGGGGUUCAUCCGACGUGGCCGUUUUGUUCCUUCCCGCGUGUUCCAGCAAAGACUUAUUUGACUUUUCUUACCUUCCCUUAGCAACCCACUUUCUUCUCAAUGGAAUGGAUCACAGGCUUAAUAUCUUUCUUGAACCAGCCUUUUCCCCCAGAUUUCCGUGUCAUUUAUCCGCCCUGCUGGCAACCGAAACAAAAAAAUUUAUUUUGUACCAGUUUAUUGAUAUUUUGGACUAGUUUAAUUCGUCAACUUCUUCACCAACAAACGUACAACAACGAUAGUCGCCGCAUAGGUGUCAGAUGCCCAGAUGAGAAGAGAAGCAAAAGGCGUAUCCGGCCCGGCCAAUUUGGAAUACCUGUGUUGUGUCCUAAUUAGUUAUACAGCUAGCUAGAGCGAGCGAGCAUAAUAAUGAAGGGCACGGGCAUGCAUAGCUUCCUUCCUUCUCUUCGUCAACGAAACUUCGUUCCAGCUUCCCCCAACUAUCUCUCAAACUGCCACCCAACAUUUAAUCUAUUAAUUAACUCAUAGGUGGUGGUGGUGGUGAGCUGGACUUAUUCCCCGUUUCAUUUCCUUCACGAGCUUGCUUACGUGUGCCAUCGUUCUAGCUACAUAUUUUCCGAUCAAACUAACCUUCCUUUCUUUCUCCUUUCUCUCUAUAUAUAUACCGACCGCGGCUAAGAUCCAAACUUCUUCAUCCCAUAAAUCAUAUAUACACAUUAGCCAUGUCGUCUAAUAACAAUAAUACCUUCUUUUUAGUCCUCCUCGUGCUGCUGCUGCUUCUCACGAGCACCAUGGCGGCCAGGCCGCUGGCGGCGGCUCCGGCCAAUAAGUCGAUGACCUAUGCGGCGUUCAAGCCGCCCGUCGGGCAGCGAGCAGCUGGGGAGGUGUUCGCCGGCUGCUUGCCUAAAGGGUUUCAUCGCAAUUCGGGUCCCAGCCGCUACAUCAACUACGAGCCUGCCGGCGGAACAACAACAACAAGUACAAUAUUAAUGUGCGACACGGAGAAGCACUGAUGAUACCGAUCAAGUCACGAGGGGACUGAUGAUUAUACAUGCCGAUACAGUUGGGUUCUUGAAUGAGAUGAUGAUCAUCGUGAUUAUAUAUAUAUAAAUACGAAAUGUAUACAAAACCACACCUGUGUUUAUGUACCUUUUAUACGUACGUUGGUGCAUAUAUUAAUGAAAACUGUGUUUAAUGUUACGUAAAUAGCAACUUGAUCCAAUGUGUUUGAAGUACCGACAUCGAACAAUGUCCUCUUAAUUAUAAGGUUUAUAAUAUGUGAGUCAGAAGGAACGGAGAGGUAUGACAAAAUCAAGAAAGAUUUGGAAGAGAUGGGAAACAAUUACGGAAGAGAGUACUUUACGAUUCUUAUUAUUCGAUGAUGAUAAUUAUAUGAUGGAACAAUCAUAAGUACGACUAUAAAGUAAAACAAUUCUAAUUAGUCCAAACAUAAUAAAUUGCUAAAAAUGUUUCUCAGCCUUACCCUAAAGAUUGAGAAUUCUAUUACUUUGAAAAAAUAAUCAAACAUAAUUUUUUAUUAAUUCCCCCCAAAAAAUCGUCAACCACAAUGGUUCGAACAACCUGACCUGGCAAAACGAGAGAGAAGUUGUUAGGUUUGCACCUUCACUUACUUCUCUAAGUUUCGUUACAGUAUAAUUAUUAGGGCUAUUGGGCUAUACACAAUAAAAAAAAAGUAAAAUUUAUUAGGGAUAUUUUAAGCAUUUAUGUUGGCAAAAUCAAUGUUCGACCAUGAUUGGAUAUUUGGAUAUAAAUUUUAACAGAAGAUCAUGUUCGACCUGAGUUUUUUUUAUGCAUACAAGUAUUUUUGUUGGAACACUGAUACAUAACUAAUAAAAUGUUUAGAGUAUCUUCAUUACCCCAUAAAAGAAUCUUAUCAAUCUCGGUAGAAAUUAUAUUUUCCUCAUGUUCGGCUAUAGCGGUGGCUCCUGAAUCAAGGCCCACUUGGCGUUCCAAUCCAAUUCUAACAAUGUCGGUAGAAAUUAUCUUUUUCCUCAUGUAACAUAUAUGUCGUUACUACGUCUUACACUUUCUAGCUACUACCAUUCUCAUCCUUGAACAAUCUCGGUUAAUUUCUAUGAGAAUCUUAAUCAUACGACCAUGGAUAUCCUCCAUGACUGUACGAUCAGUGUGCGAAGUACUCAAUUCUCUUGUCGCUUUUUCUUUCUUCUGUACAAAGAAGUGGAACUCAACUUCUUUAAUUGCCGCCCGUGGUAUUGAAGCGAAUACUAUUACUAAGCUAGAUCCUCGUUUUAAGGAGAGAAUAAAGCUCAUUCAACACCAUUAGUUAGUGUACUGAAUUAAUAAAGUAAUCCAAUGCUUUCUAUUGCAGAAUUCAGAUCUGUAAAACUUUACAAACUUCAUAUGUAGGAAUGAUAAAAGGGCAAUCGUUGGAUAAUUGAACCCAAUCGUCAUUAUGAAGAAUUUCAUAAUGCGGAAGGAAAUGAACACGAAACAAGAGU